CUAGUAGCUAUCAUACAAGACCUUAAGGUGGCAGUUGAUAACACCACAGCCAAGGUUGAUGCUUUGCAGAGCACAGUGAGUGCAAUAAACACUACGAAUCUCGAUCUUGUAAAACAACUAUCUGCAAAAACUGCAACCUGCAAUGAACUUGAAAAAGAGUGUAAAAGCCUUCGUGAAACCCUUAACUGGCAUAAAAUGAACAAAUCCCAAAAUGAACCUGUCAAACCCCACCCCAAAAAUGCUUCAAAAACGCUGGUGAUUGGAAGUUCUAUCGUUCGUGACCUCGAUCAAGAUAAACUCAAUGACGUUGAAGUUAUUUCUAUUGGUGGGGCAGACAUUGAUAUGGUCCAUAAGCGACUCACUAAUUUAGACACCAAGUACCAAAAGGCUAUUCUUCAAGUAGGAAGUAAAGACUGUGUAAAAUCAUCAGAUAAGGCCUCGAUCAAAGCCAAAUACCAAUUAGCUAUUAAGGGUGCCAAGAACAUUGCUACCACUGUUGCCGUUUCUAGCAUUUGCCCUCGAACCGACAAAGAAUUGGCUCAGAAUACCGCCGAUGCCCUUAAUGCUGAGCUACAGAUCCUAUGCGAGGAGGAAAAGAUCGAGUUCAUCAACAAUGACACAAA